AUGAGCGAUUUUUUCCCAUCGUUUUUCAACUUCGUCAAUGCCGCUGCGCCAUUCUCGGCAAAGUCCGGUUUCUCACUUGCACUGUCUGACCCCUCACCUCCUACCACCUUCUCACCUCCUACCACCUUCUCACCUCCUACCACCUUCUCACCUCCUACCACCUUCUCACCUCCUACCACCUUUCUUUCCUCCCCUCUCACCCUCCAACCCGCCACUCUCCACGCUCACUUCCAUCAAUGUGUCCCUGUCAUGCUCCAUCCUCCCUUCUCGUCGUUGCAGCCCUGCUGGUUACUAUUUCCGCAAGGGGACGGGCACUGGCACCAACAAGGCGGCGGGUGGUGCACGACUGCAGCGGACUGCCAGCAGCGCGCCAAGACCUUCCGCGGCUCCUCUCGCUUCUGGCCGAAACCCACGGAUGGCAACUUCACGAGGCUGAUGAACGACUACCACACGCAGUUCACAGGCAUUCUGAGCGCAGACACCAUAACCAACCCCGUUUUUGGCAACUGGAACCUGGCGGUGCUUAUGUAUUGUGACGGAGGGGCGUAUAUGGGGUACAAGGGCCGCGUGGCAGUGGGCUCGUCUCGUGUGUUCUACUCGGGUCGGCGAGUCGUCAUGCUGCUGCUGGAAGAUAUGCUCAAGAUUCGUGGGUUGUCAACAGCAUCAGCAGUGCUUAUAACGGGUUGCUCAGCAGGUGGGCAGGGGGUGGCGGUGAGCUGUGACUGGAUGGCCUCUCGCCUCCCUUCUACCACCACUGUCAAGUGCGCCAUUGAUGCCGGAUACUUCUUAGACGAGCCAGACUUGGUGGGCCACUUUUCCUUCCGUGGCAUGAUGCAGCGCAUGAUGGUCAGCCAAUGGAGCGACGCGUCUUUCGACCCGCAAUGCGUGAAAGCCAACGCCCUCCAGCACACACAAACGCCUUUCCUCGUCCUCAACUCAGCGUUUGACCUUGCAGCGCUGGCCAUCGGGCUGACCAGAGGCAACGUUGAGGCCAUGACUGGCUCGUAUGAGAGCGUUGUUCCGUGCUACCACUCCGAACGCUUUCUCUCCUGCCCCAGGAGAAUCCGCAAGUAUGUAGGGCACCAUGCCAUAGUGCUCAGAAACUCACUGCAAGCAUUGGUGCAAAACCGGCAAGCAGCAGGGGUGCAGUCAACAGCAGUAGUUCCUAACAAAACAAGCCAUUGUACCAUGGCUUAUGACAACUGGUCUGUACCUGAUGCCAGUGGUGUCAGGCUCAGGGACGUGGUGGCUGCUUGGUUCUUUGGCAAGCAGCUGUGA